AUGAAAGGCAAAGUAAAGAGCUCCAAACUGAAGUUGGGCAUACCAACAUUUUUUUUCCUUUGCGCUAUUUUUUUCUUUGCUGGCUUCUUUGUGUCUCCUCUCCUCUUUCAGGAUUUGGAUGAUGUGGGAUCAAAGUCAAGAAUACUCCAUGAAUCGGUGAAGAAAGUACAUGAACCUCUUGAACAUGGUGAAUCCGGGGAGUUCUGUUUUGAUUCAAUCCCAUUUCAGAUUUUAAGUUGGACACCACGGGCGGUUUACUUUCCAAACUUCACAAGUGUGGAAGCAUGUCAGCAAAUAAUUGAAUUGGCAAAGCCAAAACUUGAACCAUCAAAACUGGCUUUGCGAAAAGGAGAAACUGCCGAGAGCACAAAAGACACUAGAACAAGUUCAGGCACAUUUAUCAGUGCAUCAGAAGACAAAUCUGGCAUCUUAGACAUGGUAGAGAUGAAAAUUGCUAAAGUUACAUUGCUUCCAAGGAGCCAUGGGGAAAAAUUCAAUAUAUUGAAGUAUGAGGUUGGCCAGAAAUAUGAUUCUCAUUAUGAUGCGUUCAACCCAGAUGAAUACGGCACUGUUAAGAGCCAAAGGAUUGCUUCCUUCCUGUUAUACCUAUCAAAUGUUGAAGCAGGGGGGGAAACAAUGUUCCCUUAUGAGGGUGGUUUGAACCUUGAUACGGAUUAUGAUUACCGAAAAUGCAUUGGAUUGAAGGUGAAGCCACGGCAGGGAGAUGGACUUUUAUUUUAUUCUUUGUUACCAAACGGGAAAAUUGAUAAGACUUCUCUCCAUGGAAGUUGUCCAGUGAUCAAGGGAGAGAAAUGGGUGGCAACAAAAUGGAUUGAUGAUAAAGAGCAAUAG